AUGAAUUCUAGAGCUCUUUGGCGGCGUGACAGCGCCGAGGAGUUCCUCCAGCUUAUACAAGACCCAUUCAAAUCGGCAUUCCAAACCAACGCCGUCUGGUCUGCGUUAGCUACCUCCGCUUCUGUCGCCAUCCUCCUCGCCCUUGUCUUCUCCCUCUUUCGACCUCGCCAUACCCUCGUCUAUGCCCCCAAAGUCAAACAUGCCGACCGCAAACACACUCCGCCGCCGGUUGGGAGAGGCUUCUUCGCCUGGAUCAAGCCUGUCAUUCGUACAAAAGAGGCUCAGCUGGUGGAUUGUGUCGGUCUCGAUGCUACGAUCUUUAUUCGCUUCACCAAAAUGUGCCGCAACAUUUUCAUCCUACUCAGUAUCAUUGGAUGUGGAGUUAUGAUUCCGGUCAACCUUACUCAAAGUAAAAAUACGGACGGCGCUACCGCAUUUGCGAUUAUGACCCCGCUCUAUGUUAACGUGAAUGCGAUUUGGAGUCAGGUCGUCUGUGCUUGGGCUUUUGACAUCAUCAUUGCUUAUUUCCUGUGGAGGAAUUACAAAGCGGUUCUGGCACUGCGGAGACGGUACUUUGAGAGCUCCGACUACCAGCGAAGUUUACACGCGCGAACUUUAAUGAUCACCGAUAUCCCCCCAGAUGUACGCACCGACGAAGGCUUCCUACGUCUAACAGACGAGUUGAACCCCACCGCAGCAAUUCCUCGGUCUUCUGUCGGACGUAACGUGAAGGGACUUCCGAAAUUGAUCAAAGAACAUGAGGAAUUCGUGCGCAAGCUCGAGUCUGUUUUAGCCAAAUAUCUCAAGAAUCCCGAUCGACUACCGCCAUGCCGCCCGACUAUGCGUCCGCCCCGUCAAUAUCGGGCCGAGAACGGGAGUGGCAAGGUUGACGCUAUUGACUUUCUCACCGACCGCAUUUCAAGGCUCGAGGAGGAGAUUCGUCAUGUUCGGGCCUCUAUCGAUAAACGAAAUGCGAUGCCCUACGGUUUCGUCAGCUGGGACAAGAUUGAGCACGCCCAUGCGGUAGCCUACGUGGCUCGCAACAAGCACCCUCGAGGUACAACUAUCCGCCUCGCGACGCGACCGCACGAUCUUAUUUGGGAGAACCUGACGCUGUCAAAAUCGGCUCGGAAAUGGAAGGCUUUUGUCAUGUUUCUGUGGGUAAGCGCUUUGACGAUUGUCUGGAUUGCACCCAACGCAUUGAUUGCCGUUUUCCUUUCCAACUUGUCAAAUCUGGGUUCCGUUUGGCCAGCUUUUCAAACGGAACUUGACCGCAAUCGCAAAGUCUGGGCUGCUGUCCAAGGUAUUCUGUCGCCUGCCGUGACGUCUCUGUUCUAUCUGAUCCUGCCCAUCAUCUUCCGUCGCUUGUCCACUCGAACCGGUGACGUGACCAAGACUCUCAGAGAGCAACACGUCCUAAGGCAUCUUUACUCUUUCUUCGUCUUCAACAACCUGAUCGUGUUCUCUCUCUUCUCUGCGGUGUGGACUUUUAUAGCGGCAGUCAUCGACUUGAAAAAUAAGAAUGAGGACCCCUGGCAAGCUGUUCAGGAUGGAGCAUUCUACACUAAGGCCGUCAGUGCCCUGUGUGGCGUCUCUCCCUUUUGGGUGACCUAUCUGUUGCAGCGGAGUAUGGGUGCUGCCAUCGACUUGGUACAGUUUGUUCAUCUCAUUUGGGUCUGGUUUGCCAAAACCUUCCUCGCCCCGACGCCCCGGCAGACAAUCGAAUGGACAGCACCGCCGGCGUUUGAUUACGCUAGCUACUACAACUAUUUCCUUUACUACUCAACAAUUGCCAUCUGCUUCGCGACCCUGCAGCCUAUUGUCCUGCCGGUUACUGCUCUGUAUUUCGGCGUGGAUGCGAUGAUGAAGAAGUACAUGCUGAUGUACAUCUUUAUCACCAAGAACGAAUCCGGUGGCCAGUUUUGGCGCGUGCUUUUCAACCGGUUGGUGUUUGCGGCUAUCUUGUCCAACGUGAUCAUUGGCCUUGUGGCAAAGGCACGAGGAACCUGGAACAUGGUGUAUAGUGUCAUACCGCUUCCAUUCCUGAUGCUACUUUUCAAGUGGUACUGCAUGAGGACCUUCGAUGACGGCAUCACUUAUUACAACAAGUCGAAUCUCAACGAUGCCGAGGCGCUCGCUGUCGGCAAGUCUAGCAAAUCCGCUGGAGACCGACUCAGUUCCAAGUUCGGCCACCCGGCCCUGUUCAAGCCGCUGAUCACGCCUAUGGUGCACGCCAAGGCAGCAGACGCGCUCAAGCAGAUCUACCACGGGCGGUUGGGAGGCAACGAAGCAGAAGGAGAGUAUUCAGACAUCGUGAUGGACCCGAUGAUGAAAUCUCAACCAGGCAAGACCAUGCCGGACUCGUCGGCCCCGUUCGAGGUUGUUCCAGAAAAUCACCUCGACUUCUCAUACUACAAGGACCGUGCGGACUUCCAGGAGGAGUUUGGCGGAGGUAUAUACGGCCGGCCAGAGGAUCUCAUGACCGAGCGCUCGCAUACACCACGAAGUGGAUUAGGCGAGUGGUCUCCCACCUCUUCCAGGGCGUCUUCUCCCGCACCUUCUGUCCCAAGCUUGCCAAUACUACAACCCGAACCAUACGAUCCGCGCCUGAAUCAGGGGAUGCACCCUGCCUUCCGCCCUCCACCGCUCAGGACGGAUAGCGGGAUGAGCAGGGGGCUUUACCAGCACCAGAACGAGAGUGAAUCAGAGCUCCUGGGACAGCCGCAGCAGCCAGCGGGGCCCCUGCAGCCGUGGCGGCCAGGAGGGGGUUACGGACCUGUUGACCAGGACGACCCUGUUUUUACCUCGUAUGAACAUUAUCGGACGGCGAGGUGA